AUGAUGGCUGACUUUCUUGGUCUACAACAACCGCCGACAAAAAAAUUUCGUUCGGGUACGAAUACAAACGAAUCAGAUUUUGAUUUUAAAAUGAUUUCACAAUAUGAUACACCCGAUACAAACAAUACUCAAGAUUUAUUUGAUAUUGGAACUGAUUUUAAUGACACACUUGAUACUACCCAACAACAAUCACAACAAACAUCUACAACAUCAACAUCAAUACAAUCAACAGUACCAUCAUCAUCAUCAAGUCCAAUUUUAAAUCAACAAUCGACAAAUAUUUAUCAACAACAAACACAACCUCGACUUACAUAUAUACAACAAACACGUACACAAUUACCAUCAUAUCAAACACCAAAUUUACAACGUAUUCAAACAAUGCCACCAACAUCAACUAUUGUUCGACCGACUAAUGUUAUAUCAAAUGGUAUACAACAACAACCAACUAUUUAUACUCAACAACAGCAACAAAUGAUUAACCCAUCAGGUGGACUUAAUCGUCCCUUAUAUCAACGUAUGCCAACAGCAACACAACAAUCAAAUAUGUCAUCAACACUUGUUCGACAACAAUACAAUACAACUGGUAUGGUUAAUAUGAAUCAAAAUGUACCACAAAUGAGUAUUGUUAAAGCAAGUGAUCCAAAUAAUAAUAAUGUAUUUGUUACAAAUUCUCAACAACAACAACAGUCAACAUUACUCGGUUUACAACAAACAGUGACACAAACACCAACAGUUCAAACAAAUAAAACGAUUACAACAGUUCUACCUUCAUUGACACCACAACAAUUGAAUCAAUUUCAAACUCAACAACAACAACAACAACAACAACAACAACAGCAGCAGCAACAACAAAUUCAUAUACAACAACAACAACAGCAAAAUACUGUUCAAACUUAUAAUACGACACCAAUGAGAACACAAAUGAUGGAUCAAACACCAACAAAUUACAUAGUAACUUCUCAACAACAACAACAACCAACACAACAAACAACAAAUAAUUCUCAACAACAUACAGAAAUUCAACGAAAACAAUUUAUACAAAAACAACUUGUUUUAUUAUUACAUGCACAUAAAUGUCAACAACGUGAAAAACAAACAAUUAAUGGUGAAACAACACGUCCAAGUACAUGCACAUUACCGCAUUGUAAUACAAUGAAAAGUGUUCUACAACAUAUGACUAAAUGUAAUGAUCAUAAAACAUGUAGUGUAGCACAUUGUGUUACAUCCCGACAAAUCAUAUUACAUUGGAAACAAUGUAAUAAUUCUCAAUGUCCAAUAUGUCAACCACUUAAAACACCAUCUACAUUAGCAAAAUUAAAUCAACCAUCAAAUACAAAUACAAAUAUAAAUCCAACAAAUUUAACACCAAAUAAUACAAAUACAAAUACAAAUAUACCAUCAACAACAAAUACAAAUUUAACAAGUGAACGAUCAAUAACUAAAGAUUGGCAACGACGUGUUACAUCAGAAAUGCGUAAUCAUCUUGUACAAAAAAUUAUAACAGCACUUAUACCUAUAACUGAUACAGGUGCUGUACGUGAUAAACGUAUUAUUAAUUUAGCUAAUUAUGCACGACGUGUUGAAAAUGAUACAUUUGAAAUAGCUAAUAAUCAAGAAGAAUACUUUCAUAAAUUAGCUGAAAAAAUUUAUAAAAUACAAAAAGAAUUAGAAGAUCGUCGAGAAAAAAAACGUUUACAAGAUAUGCAAUUAGCUGCACAAAUAUCAUCAUCAACAACAACAACAGGACAAACAGGAUCAACAAAUGAUUAUAAUGGUAAACUUCAUUCAACUAUGGAUACAAUGGCCGGUGAUCAUGGUCCACCAAAUCGUACAGCACCUAUGACUGAUUAUACAUCAUCAUCAUCAGCUACAGGAAAUAUUCUUCAUCAACCAUUAACAACAGUAACAAAUUCUAGUCGAACAACAACAUUAAAUGGUACAACAAAUACAAAUACAGGAACAUUUACAAUAACAAAUGUACCACCAAAUGAAAAUUUAAAUUUUCUUAUUAAUCGUGAUACAACAACUAAUAAUCAACAACAUGAUAUUGAUAUGAUAGAUACAACAAAUCAAAUAAAAACUGAAUCAAUUUCACCAAAAUCAUCAUUACAACCUUCAUCAUCGUAUUUCAUGAUUAAAAAAGAAGAACCAACAAAUAAUGAUAUUUUACAUUCAACAGUUACGAUUAAAUCACCUGGAUCAACCGUAUAUCAAGAUACGAAACCAAAAUUACCACAAAUUGAUUCAACAAGUAAACAAUUACCUAAACAUCCGAUACAAUUUACAGCUGAAGAUUUACGUACACAUCUUGAACCAGUUAUUCAUAAAAUGAUUGCAUGUGAAGAUUCACAUCCAUUUCGUCAACCGGUUGAUCAUGUUGCACUUAAUAUACUUGAUUAUCCAACAAUUAUUAAACAUCCUAUGGAUAUAUCAACAAUGCAUAAUAAAUUAUUACGAGGCGAAUAUAAAAAUCCAUUACAAUUUUGUGAUGACGCUUGGCUAAUGUUUAAUAAUGCUUGGCUAUAUAAUAAGAAAACUACACGUGUUUAUAAAAUGUGUACAAAACUUUCUGAAGUAUUUGCAGAAGCGAUUGAUCCAGUCAUGCAAACAUUAGGAUAUUGUUGUGGUCGACAAUAUGUUUAUUUACCACAAGUAAUGUUUUGUUAUGGUAAUCAAUUAUGUUGUCAAAUUCCACGUGAUGGAAAUUAUUAUUAUUAUAACAAUCCGGAACCGUCUCGUUUUAAUUUAUCCGGUGAUAAAUAUACAUUUUGUGCGAAAUGUUUUGAUUCAGUUAAAAGUGAUUCAAUAUUUGUCGGUGAUGAUCCAGCUCAAACAUUAGUUGAAUUACCAAAAAAUUUAUUUAUAUCAGCUAAAAAUGAUAUACAAGAACCAGAAACAAUGAUUGAUUGUAUUGUUUGUACACGCCGUUGGCAUCAAGUAUGUGCAUUACAUUUAGAUCAAGUAUGGCCCGAAGGUUUUAUAUGUGAUACAUGUUUACGUGAUUUUAAUAUAAAACGUAAAGACAAUCGUUAUACAUCAUUUAAAUUAACUGAAACUGAUUUAGCUAAAGUAUUAGAAAAACGCGUUAAUGAUUUUUUACGUAAUGAAGGUUGUCAAACUGGACGUGUUACAAUACGUAUAUUAGCUGCUAGUGAUAAAGUAUGUGAAGUAAAACCACGUUUAAAAAAAUAUUAUCAAAAUCAAGUACCUGAUGGUUAUCCAUAUCGAACAAAAGCUAUAUUUGCAUUUCAAGAAAUUGAAGGUGUUGAUGUUGUUUUAUUUGGUAUGCAUGUACAAGAAUAUGAUGGACGUUGUCAUGCACCAAAUACACGACGUGUUUAUGUAUCAUAUUUGGAUUCAGUACAUUUUUUUCGACCAAAAAUGUAUCGUACAGAUGUAUAUCAUGAAAUUUUAAUUGGAUAUUUGGAUUAUGCUAAAAAACUUGGUUAUGUUUAUGCACAUAUAUGGGCAUGUCCACCAAGUGAAGGAGAUGAUUAUAUAUUUCAUUGUCAUCCAGCUGAACAACGUGUACCUAAACCAAAACGUUUACAAGAUUGGUAUAAAAAAAUGCUUGAUAGAGCUAUUUUAGAACGUGUUGUUAUUGAUUAUAAAGAUAUUAUGAAAGAUUGUCAAGAUAAUCAAGUACAAAAUGCUUUGACUAUUCCAUAUUUUGAAGGUGAUUUUUGGUCGAAUAUUAUUGAAGAAAGUAUUAAAGAACUUGAUCAAGAAGAAGAAGAUCGAAGAAAACAAGAAGUUGAAGCGGCAAGAGCAAUGGAAGAUGGUGGCUUUGAUGAUCCUAUUGAACCUGAAGAUCCAACAGAUAUCUCUGAUAAACGUAAAUCUGCAAAUACACAUAAAAAGAAAAAUUUAAAGAAAACAACAGCUAGUCAACGUAAAGUAGCAAAAAAACAAAUGUCAAAUUGUACAGAUUUAAUAUCAAAAAUAUUUUCUACAAUGGAAAAACAUAAAGAAGCAUUUUUUGUUAUUCGUUUACGUAAUCCGAUAGCAUUAUGUCCAGCUGUAAAUGAUACUGAUGCUUUAAUACAAUGUGAUUUAAUGGAUACACGUGAUGCAUUUUUAAAUUUUGCUCGUGAUAAACAUUAUGAAUUUUCUUCAUUACGUCGUGCAAAAUUUUCUACUAUGGCAUUAUUAUAUGAAUUACAUACAUCAACAACAGAUAAAUUUACUUAUAAUUGUAAUGCAUGUCGUCAACAAUGUGAAAUACGUUAUCAUUGUACAGUAUGUGAUGAUUUUGAUUUAUGUGAAAAAUGUUAUAAUACUGAACCAAAACAUGAACAUAAAAUGGAACGUUCUGUACCAUCUAUAGUUGAUGUUAGUCAAGAUGGUGAACAUAAUUCAUUAAAUAGUAAUGAUAAAUCUAUAGCAAGUCCACAAUUACAACGACAACAAUCGAUGCAACGUUGUAUUGAAGCAUUAUUACAUGCUGUUAAUUGUCGAAAUGCUAAUUGUGUUAAUCGUAGUUGUUUUCGUUAUAAACGUGUUAUACAACAUACUAAAGAAUGUAAAGGAAAAAAUAGUCAAUGUAAUGUAUGUAAACAAGUUAUCUUUCUUUGUUGGUAUCAUGCCAAAAGUUGUAAUGAACUUAAUUGUCAAGUACCAUUUUGUACUAAUUUAAAAACUAAAAUACAAAAACAACGUGCAACUAGUUUGCAAACAGAUAGACGUCGUAUGCAAGCUAUGAUGCAACAAAGAACGAAUACAAUGCAAACACAACAACAACAGCAGCAGCAACAACAAGCGCCACCAGUUUCAAUAACCACAUCUAUACCAUCAAAUGCCUUUGAUUCAUCUGGUAAGCCAGCACCAGUAACAUUAAUUCGUGCACCACAACCAGGUGCAUAUCCUAAUCAAACAUAUAUAACAGUAGCACAAAAACCAAACACUGGUAAACCAAUUCAACAAACACCAAAUCAAUUAAGUGUAUUAAUUGGACGUGUUAAACAAGAUCCAUCUAUAGAUGAUCAACAGCAACAACAACAACAACAGCGUUCAGAUAUGAAUGAUCCCAAACAAUUAAUAUAUCAAUCAUUAAUGAAUAAAACUCCUGUAAGUCGCUUACCAUCAACGACAGCAACAACAACAUUUAUUCAACAAACAAAUCAGCCACAACAAUGGCAUACUUCAGUAUCACAAGCACAAUUAAAUCCUCCUCCUAAUUAUACAACAGCAACACGUCCUCGACAUCCUACUAUAAUGCAACAACAAGGACUAAAUCAACCAACAUCACAUACAUUAUUAGCACCAUUAAGAGCAAGUACUUCAACACCGCCACCAUCAACUUAUAUAGCACGAACAAGUUCAACACCAAAUCUAACACGAAUACCAUUAAAUGUAACAUUAGCAAGACCAUCUCAAUUUUCUUCUCAACAACAACAACCCUCACAAGAUCCACCUCCACGCUGA